ACUUUCGAAAUCGACUGGAAACAUGGAACAGAAAGUGAAUUGAAAGCUUGGGGAAAAAAGGUUGAUAAUUAAUGGAGUAGAGAUACAGCAUUAACAAUAGUAGAAGCAUGUCUUACUCUAGGUAUGGAAGCAUGUCUUACUCUAAGUAUGGACCAUCAUCUAACAGAGAUUCAAAAGGUCAAAGUGGGGGUGGUGCAAACAAAAUGGCCAGUGGACCUGUUGCAGUUAAUAAAGAAAAGGAGCAAGGUGCAGUAUUAAAGUUAUAUCCUGACCUUGAACAGGCUGGUGUUGAAGAGAUAACAUCUGCUCCAACAGAGCUUUCAAAGCUACCUGAUGCUGUUGAAGAUUUAUGGAAGAAUCUAGACUUUUUAGUCACAAAUGGCAAGUCUCCACCUAAACACUUUUCUUGUCGUCUUGACAUAGCGAAAGUACAGUUUGCUCUUACUGGAGAACCAAAACUCAUUUCCAUUGAUGUAUUAAAAGAGAAGGAUAUCAAUCUGACUGUUUCUGAGGAAUGUCUUGAGGUUACUAUUACAAAUUUAGACAUUGAUAUUGAUGAGUCAAUGGAUUACAUUGAAAAGAUUUUCAAGAGCCAUAUUAUUAAUAACUUCAAGAGUAUAAAGUUGGAACCUAAUUCUCCAGAGCAAUGUUCUGCACUGCUAGCAUUGUCAAAAAAGGUGCCUGUUCUAGUAAAGCAUAAGAAAGUGGUAAUAUACAAAUGUACUGCCUCCAAUACACUGAACAUAGUAGGAGAAACAUCGUAUUUUCCAGUUCUUAUGAAAGAACUUGGACUUUCUAGCAAUGUUGAGGAGACUGUAACAAGCAGUGCCUCUCAAACACAACUUGAAAUAGACAUUAAUUUAGAAGAAAGUUUAAUUUUAGGCUACACAGGAUUUGAGGGUUAUUUAAAAGAAAAGUAUCCUAAGAAAUGCACCGAAGUGGAUGUCAGUCAAAAACCUCCGAAGCUGAAGAUAACUUCUGUGGGUUUUAGCAUUGAAGAUGCUAAAGAAGAAAAGAAUAAGUUUCUAACAAGUAGUAAAAGGAAAAAAAUAAUGAUGAGUGAUCAACGGUGUUGUGAAUUGUUGUUCAAAGAUGAAAUAUAUCCAAAUGAAUCAGUAUACCUAUUUCUACAAGGCAAGCUAAGUGCAAAAAUGAAGUCCAAAAGAUCAGAACCAAAGUUUUGCAUAACCAAGUCUGAAAAUGGGGUUUAUGUGAAUUGCAGGGAUAACACUGAAUCAGAGAUGGCAAAAAUAAUUGAAGAGAAUAUUAUUUCUUGUCAAGCAAAGAUUUCCAGUACUAAAGUAUUUGAAGCACUGGAUAGAUGGGCCCAUUCCAAAAAGUUGAAGUAUUUAGAGAAGUCUUCAGGAAGUGUAGUACUAUGCUGUACAUCUGAUAUACAUAGCAAGGUGCUAGAUGAUAUUUCUUCAGAUAGAGAAGAGGAAACAGAGAUUUCCUUUACAUUGCCAAGUUUAGUUGUCACAUUUUUGAGAUCUGUGGGCAGUGAUCUCCUUCAGGAUAUUUCAGGAAAAUUUGGAGUACAGACUUCAUUUGAUGGCUUGACACUAAAAUUGAAAGGUGAUCCCAGCAAACUGGAGGACUGUAAAAGUUUUUUAAAGACAGAGAUACGAAAGUUAAGAAGAUCAGUACCACUUCAACUACCCAAGGAAUGUCUUGAAUCAAAACGGUUUGAUAUAGACAAAGCACUACAGAAACAAGAAUGCUGCUGGCAAUUUCAAGACAUAGAAAGAAGGGUGGCCAAAAUGCUGUCAAACUGUGAAUAUUUGGUCUCUUGGAUUGAUCCUAUCAAGCAGUUAAAGAUAACUGCAGUUAAGGGGUGUCCUUGGCACUUGGAUGUAGAUUUGCAAAUAGUCUUGACAAACCACUGUCUUUACCCGGUGGAAGUGGAAAUUGUUCCUACAAAUGCCAUUGAAAAGUUCAUAGAGGAGACAAAAGAUCUUGUUGAGAAAAAUGGUAAGAUGUACAAGGUUGGGGAGUAUACUGAUGUUCUUGCUGAUGUAAAAGGUAUGGACACCAGCGGUGUUGUUGCACUUGUUGUUUUAUCAGAUGAAGGCACUGGAAUGAAAAUCAAAGACAUUUCAAUGCGAGAUAAACUGAGGGAAAUUUUAAAGAAAGGAGCGCUACAAGGAACAAAGACAGUUUGCUUUAAUGCAUAUCUUCGGCCAGAAAUUGUUGAUGUUGUGAAGAACACAAUUGAAGCAACACUUCAGUUUGCUGAAACUCGGAGCAGAAGCCAAAUAGAGGAGUUGUUUGUCUGUUGUAUGAAGGGACACAAGGAAGUAUUACAGAAGAUUGAUACAAUAUUUCAACUAAAACGAGGAUAUUGCAGGGAGAUACAUACAAAUGGUGCAAACAUUUGGGAAGAUAAAGAACCCAAAUUGAAUGUGAAAGUCAAAGUUGGAUCACUACAUGAAGUUGAGGCAGAUGUCCUUGUUAAUACAACAAACAAAGAUUUGAAUUUGACAAAAGGAAAAGUUUCACAGGAGCUCUUAACACUUGCAGGAACAUCACUGCUUGACCAAUGCAAAAAGAAAUAUCCAGAUGGUAUACACAAUGGAGAAAUAGCUGUCACAGAUUCAUAUAAUUUGAGGGAUCGUGGUUUCAAAUUUAUAUACCAUGCCGCACUGUUGGACUACAGUUAUGAUACUUUCCAGCAGAACAUCAAGUUAUAUGUGAAACUAUGCCUUUGCCAAGCAGAAAGAAAUGAAUGUUCAAGAAUUGCAUUUCCGGCCUUUGGUGUUGGAAAGUUAUGUUAUCCAAGACGUGAAACAGCUGCUGCAAUGUUUGAAGCCAUCAAUGAAUUUUGUGAGGAGGCAUUAAAUCCGAAACUCAACAAGAUCAAAUUUGUUGUUCAUCAAAGUGAUUCUAAAACAUGCCAGGCUUUUUCCAAUGAAGAGUGGAGACAUACCAAAGCAUGUGUGAAAGAAAUUGGUGAAACAAAACAGUUUAUUGCAAUAGGUACGGAAGAAGGCUAA